AUGUUCGAGCGACGGCCUUUGCUGGGCGUGCUGGGUUGUCUGACGCUCGUGCUGACGAUAUGGCAGAUCUCACCGCGCGAUGUAACCGUCUACCGGGAUGCGACCUCUCCAUACCUGCCCUCCGGUCAGUCCGCUCUCACUGCGUCAGCGUCGGUAGCCUUGGGAAAACAAAUCGACCAACAAAAGCUCCCGUACGAUAGCGGCGAAAGCAAUGCCAUCGAUGACCGACGAUCCGUCAUCGAUGCGUUACCACCGUUCGGUUACGGCAGCAGAGAGCUUAGCAACGGCGGAACCAGCGGUACAUAUCUCACAAAUCAAACGUCACCGGGUUUUUUGGUGGCCAUGGCAGCCGCUGCUGUAGCUGCAUCACCUACCGGCACCCGCACAGUAACACCGGGCAUAUACAGCUGGAACAGUAUCGAAAGGGUGCGAGAACGAGAGGAGGUGGGCAAUGGUGCGGAGCCAGGCCCGCAUAAAGCCCCAACCAGUAGCAGUAGCGUUAGCAGUAGUACACAGUCGACAGCAUCGUUAACAGUAGCUAGUUCGUGGGGAGACUCGUUGCCAAAUGAUGACUACACUAGUCUGAUCGAUCUGAAGGACUUUAAGUUCACGAUAAACUAUGAUUACUGCGGGACGGGGAUGGGUGGAAACAGAAGAAAACGUAGCCUUAAGCGUGCAGAUGCCUUACGGGGCACGCGGUCAUCUGCGACGGCGUCCCCACCGCUAGUGUUAGUUCUAAUCCACUCGGCGCCAGCUAAUCUGGCCAAGCGCAAUACGAUCCGUGCGACCUGGGGCGAACCGGACGACCGGGCCCGUCUGCUCUUUCUCAUGGGUGCAGUCAAUACCAGCGCAAGUCAGCGAUCCAUCGAGCGCGAAUCGCGCCUGCAUGACGAUAUUGUGCAGGGGAACUUUGUCGAUGCGUACCGCAACAUGACCUACAAGCAUGUGAUGGCACUGAAAUGGUUCGUCUAUCACUGCCCCGGAGCGCGCUACGUGCUCAAGACGGACGAUGACGUUUUCAUCAACUCGCCCGUGCUGUACAAUGCGUUGGCGAGGGUCGCGCCGCAGCGUAACCUGCUGCUGUGCCAGCUGGUGACGAAGCUGAGCGUUAAGCGGACGCACCGUUCCAAGUGGUUCGUCAGUUGGCGCGAGUACCCGGCACGGUACUAUCCACCGCACUGUCCAGGCUACUCGAUCCUCUACUCACCGGACGUGGCGUGGCAGCUGUACCGCGAGGCACAGCGGCAACCCUUCUUCUGGAUCGACGAUGUUCACAUCACCGGUACGGUGGCACAGCAGGUGAACGUCACCAUUACGCCAAUGGAUGGUCUGUAUCUCGAUAGUGAAGCGAAGAGUGACCUUCUCGGUAAACGGGCGGAUGCUAGACGUGCGGGGUUCUUUUUCACCAAUCCCAACCUCUCGAUGGAUGAGAUUCAACGGCUCUGGGAAACGGUUCGUCCUGGUCGAUAG